AAUAAUAGAUAAAUACCACACUAAGGAGGUUUAUAAAGAUCACAGUUAUCAGUGAAUGUGUGAUAAAAAGUUGUGGACUAACUUUUUAAUCUCAGUUUAAAUCAAAAGCUGAGAUAAAAAGUGGUGCUUAGCCACGAAAAGGAGCAAGAUAAUAGAUCUCACUCUUGCGACGAGAUAAAUUGAAAAAGACCUCACCCUUACAGUGUGAUUGAAGACUUUAAGACCUCACUCUUGCAGUGAGAUAAAAAAAAAAAAGACCUCACCCUUGCGGCGUGAUAAAAAACUUUGGCACAAAAAAGAGCGAGAUAAAAGAUCUCGCUUUUGUGGUGUGAUAAAAGACAGUGAUAAAAACCGGAAUUUUUGCGUGGGCGCUGCUUCUCUCAUUUAGGCGCGAAUUGAAAAGUUAUGUGCUCAAAACGACAUCAUUUCACAUUAACCCAAAACAAGCCCUAGUUACCCUCUCCACUCACCCGUUGAAGCUCAGUACUCAUUCUCCUGGCCUCUACAGUACACGUUUCAUCUCCAUCCCCAUCCCCAUCCUCACCCGCCGCCGCCUCUUCGCCUCCAUCCUCACUCGCUGCCGCCGCCUUAUCUCUCUCCACCACCACUGUGAAGGAAGAAACGGCGCACUCCCUCUCGCGAGUUUGUCAUCAGAGAGAUAGAGAGAUAGAGAGAGAGCGAUCUUCAAAUGGAGAAGUCGAUCAAUCAAAAUGGAAAAUUCCUAAACCCAACAUAGACUGUGAACUACAGAAUUGUGCAUCAGUCAGCAAAUUGAUUGUCGCCAAAGAGCUCCAUUCACUCCAAAGACCUUGUUAUAUAUUGGGAUAGAAAAAUCCAUCCAAGAUGGAUAGAUCUUGGAUGCUUAAGGACCGAAGAUCAAAAGACUAUGAUGAUGGAGUUGAACAAUUUCUGAACUUUGCUACCAUUCAUGCUAAGGAUCUUGAAUCUAUUCGGUGUCCAUGUAUACAAUGUGGGAACUUAAUAAGACAACCUAUUCCAGAGAUAAGAAAUCAUUUGUUUGUCAAUGGUAUUGAUAGAAGUUAUCGUACAUGGAUAUGGCAUGGAGAACCAGUCACCGGUAGGGCAUCACAGAGUGUAAACACUCGAGAUUUUUCAUAUCAGGAAGUCAAUUCGCCCCCCUUAAACGAUGCGCAAGAGGCAGUAGAAAUGGUUGAAGCUGCCUACAAUGAUUGCAUGGUUGACCCUAGGAAGUUCAAAAAGUUAAUUGAAGAUGCAGAAAAACCAUUGUUCCCCGGCUGCACAAAGUUCACAAAAUUAUCUGCCUUGGUCAGAUUAUAUAAAUACAAAGCUAAUAAUGACUUGACCAAUAAAGGUUUUGCAGAGCUUCUGCAAAUGAUUGGUGACUUGUUACCAGAUAUCAAUGAACUGCCGUUAUGCAUAUACGAGGCUGGGAAGACUAUGGCUGCAUUAGGGAUGGAGUAUGAGAAAAUACACGCAUGUCCUAAUGAUUGCGUACUUUAUCGAAAGGAGUUAAAAACUGCGACUUCAUGUCCUACAUUUAACACAUCAAGAUGGAAGUUAAAGAAAAAUUCCACCGAAAUAAGAGAUGGUGUUCCGGCAAAAGUUUUAUGGUACUUCCCCAUAAUCCCGAGGUUCCGAAGGAUGUAUCAGUCAGUAGAAACAACAGAAAACUUGACAUGGCAUGCUCAUCAAAGAGAGUCUAAUGGCCAAUUGCAUCACCCAGCAGAUUCCCCGCAAUGGAAGUUAGUAGACCAUCUUUGGCCAGACUUUGCCUCGGAGCCAAGAAACCUUCGGUUAGCUCUUUCUGCAGAUGGGAUAAAUCCACAUAGGUCCCUCAGCAGUCGGUAUAGUUGCUGGCCUAUUAUUUUGGUUACGUACAAUCUACCACCGGGGUUAUGCAUGAAGAAGAAAUUUAUGAUGUUAUCACUGUUGAUUUCUGGUCCACACCAACCUGGUAAUGACAUUGACGUGUUUUUGGAGCCACUAAUCGAUGACUUGAAAUCGCUAUGGAAAGAAGGAGUUGAAGCAUAUGACGCUUAUAAGCAACAACAUUUUAGGUUGAGAGCCGUGCUAUUAUGGACUAUUAAUGAUCUUCCAGCUUUUGGGAAUUUGAGUGGUUGCACAGUGAAGGGAUACUAUGCAUGUCCAAUUUGUGGUGAAGGGACAUGUUCUUGUAGAUUAAAGCACGGUAAGAAGAAUAGUUAUGAGGGUCAUAGAAAAUUUCUUCCACGCUACCAUCCAUAUCGAAAGCAAAAGAAGGCAUUUAAUGGUGAGCAAGAGUUUGGGGAACCUCCAUUGCCAUUAAGUGGGGAAGAAGUGUUAAGGGAGGUAGAAGGGAUAAAAACCAUUUGGGGAAAGGCAAGCAAAAAGAGGUCGUCAAAGGUUGGUACAAAAUGUUGGAAGAAAAAAUCAAUAUUCUUUACGCUUGAAUAUUGGGUGUUCUUGUAUAUUCGGCACUGCUUGGAUGUUAUGCACAUUGAAAAAAAUGUAUUGGAAAGCAUCAUUGGUACAUUGCUUCAAAUACAAGGAAAAACGAAGGAUGGAAUUAAUGCUCGUUUGGAUCUCUUAGAGAGAGGUUUGCGGCAAGAGUUAGCACCUCAGAUUGGGGCGAAACGAACUUACUUGCCUCCAGCCUGUUAUACAUUGUCUAGGGAGGAGAAGAUAAGAUUUUGUACGACAUUGUCAAAACUCAAGGUGCCAGAUGGGUACUCUUCAAAUUUGAGAAACAUUGUCUCCAUGCAAGAUUUGAAACUAUAUGGUUUAAAGUCACAUGAUUUUCAUGUAUUGAUGCAACAAUUACUACCUGUGGCUAUACGAUCUGUGUUGCCUAAAGAAGUGAGAUAUGCUCUUACGAGAUUCUGUUUCUUUUUCAAUGCCAUUUAUAGCAAAGUGAUGGAUGUGUCAAAAUUAGACAAAAUUCAAAGUGAGCUGGUAAUCACAUUAUGUUUGCUUGAGAAGUACUUUCCACCAUCAUUCUUUGAUAUCAUGGUUCAUCUGACGGUGCAUCUUGUUAGAGAAGUCCAACUUUGUGGACCUGUUCACUUUCGAUGGAUGUACCCAUUUGAAAGGUUCAUGAAGGUUUUAAAGGGUUACAUUCAUAACCAUAAUCGUCCAGAGGGUUGCAUUGCUGAGAGAUAUAUUGCAGAAGAAGCUGUUGAGUUUUGCGCAGAAUUUUUAUCCAAAGUAGAUGCAAUUGGGGUUCCCAUUUCUAAGAACAUGACCGCUGAUGAUAGCAUCGGAAGACCUUUACCAGGGGGUAAGGUUACUGCUAUUGAUCGUGAAUUAUGGGAGCAAGCACACCUCUAUGUAUUAGAAAACACAACUGAAGUUCAACCUUAUAUUGAGGAGCACAUGGCUUUGCUGAAAAGACAGUAUCCUCGUAAUUCAAAAAAUCAAAAGUGGCUACAACUUGAACACAAUAGGACAUUCAUAUAUUGGCUUCGUGGGAAGGUUGCAGAAGAAUUGAGUGCCCAACAUAUAUAUCUCACAACUUGAAGUGGAUAGCCCAGGGACCUUCCUU